CUAUCAAUAAAUUUCAGACUUUUUGGUGCAGAAGAUGUAGAUUUGCGUACAUUAACAACACCCACUAUUGUACCUUCUCCGCCAUAUAUAACGGAAACAAUCAAACAAGAAUCGGGAAAAUCGUGGGCGAAAUAUAAAGAAAUUAAACCAGAUACUUUUAAAACACCAUAUAAAUCACCAACAAAAAAAAUGCCUGGUGUAGUCAGUGAACAUUUAAUAGAAACUCAAGAUGUUUUAGAUGUAGAUAUGAGGUCUAAAACGGUACAAAGUAACAGUAGUCUUAUCCUCAAACAAGCUGAAGAAGCAUUAAAUGCUGGAAAUAUAUCUUUUGAUGAAUAUAAUAAAAUUAUGUGUCAGGUGCUUAAAAUGACAGAGGUUGAAAAGUUAGAGGAAGCUAAGAAAAAUGAUGAUAAGAAUUUGAAAUUGAAAAAAUAUGUUAUACCUAAAAUCUCUCAAUCAUGCGGUGAAAAUGGAUUAAGUAUACAAACUAAAUUAGAAGCUGGUAAUGACACAAUUCCAGUUUCUAAUUUAGAUUUGCAAAGUAAGGCCAGUGUUCAACCUCCAACUAGUGAUGAACUAAUAAGUUGUAAUCAAGUUACAGAAGAUCAAUCUAAAAGUAUAGAAAAUAAUAAAAUAUCUUAUUUAGGAAAUGAAAAAGAUAAUAAACCGAUGGAUAUAGAUGAAAGAGUAAAUUUAAAACCAUUAGUAGGUGAAAUUUUUCCUAGUACAGGACCAUGGAAUAUUCUUAAUAAAAAACAUAGUGAUGGCAGUGUUAGUGGAAGUGAAAGUGAUAGUUCUUCUAAAAGUACUUCUUCUGAAUCUGAAGAAUCAAAAAAAAAUCCUAGAAAAUUGGACUCUGACGAUCGGUCAACAUUUAAGAAGCGAAAAAACUUUAGACGAAAUGAGAAAGAUAUCACCAAGGGAAGUCGUAAUUGGAAGAAUAACAAAAAUUGGAAUACAAGACCAGAUAAUGGACUUAGAUUUACCCAGAAUAGAGUAGAACCUUGGUCAAGAGGACCCCGGCCUAAUUAUUCACAUUCUUCUAGGUCUCUAGUGCCACCUCCAAUGUAUGAGGUACCAAGACCUACUGCUCCAUUUGCUUCAUCAACACCUGAUUGGACUGUACCUGUUAUUCCCCCUUCAGAUCCUGUAAUAUUAGAUAUGAUAGCAAACGACCCUACCCAAACAAUUAACAUUGAUGGAGUUUCUAGAGAAAUACGAUUUUAUGGUCCCACUGCAAUUACUUUUGUUUCAUGGGAUGAUCCUAGAGAAAUAUAUUUUCAAGGACCACCAAGAAAUGUAAUAUUUGAUGACCUUUUUUCAGUUCUUUGUCAUUUUAAUGCUCCUGAUCGAGAAUUUCUAUUAGAUGGCCAACCUCAUAGAGUACGUUUGGGGGCUCCUACCAGAGAAAUUUACUUGGAUGGUAAUUUCUAUGAAUGCUUUUUUGGUGGUCCUCCAAUAUACACUGAACUCGGAGCAGUUAAAAGAUCUAUUAAAUUGGAAGGGCCUCCUCCUUCUGUUAAUAUUGGUACUACAAAACGUGUAGAUUUAGUUGCUGGACGAAUUGCUAUUAUAAUUGAUAACAACUUUACAGUACCAGUUUACUUAGAUGCUAAACCACAAAGAAUUGAUGUAGGAAACACAGCACUUAUUCUUCGAUUUAUUGAUGGCCUAAUGAGAGCAUUGAUUAAUGAUCAGCCAUUUAAAGUUAAUUAUAAUGGACCUCCGCAGGCAAUAAUUGUUAGGGGGAAAAAACAUUAUUUGAGAUUUACAGGAUUGCCAUCAAAUAUUAGACCUGGUUAUGCUGCAAUUUCUCAAAUGAUGGGUGUUGUACUAACUGAAGAUACUGCUGCUGAAACCUUACCACCACUACCAGCUCCACCUAUACCAUCUAAAUUUACUGGUUUUGAUAUGCCAUUAACAUCGGUGGAAGAUAUAAGCCAACCUCCACAAUCAUUUACUUCUUCAACAUAUUCUUUGAUUCCACCUUCUUCAUUACCAGCUGUUAACUUGGUACCUAGUGUAUUACCACAAUUGGAAGUAGUUUCUAGUUCUUUUGCCACACCUGCUGUUCCCACUGCACCUGUAUUACCUAGCAAUAUGGAUAUAAAUGAAUUAUUUAAAAAACUUGUAGAUAGUGGAAUUGUUCCCAAAGAUAAACCACAAGAAAUAAUUCAAUCAAAAAUUGUUAGAAAAGAGAAAAACGAAGAAAAUUUGGCUGUGAAACCUGUAGACUUUUCUGAUCCUUCAACUUUAAAACAGAAACAACCAGGAUUAAUACAUAAUUUGUACACUGGUAUUCAAUGUAGUUCUUGUGGUAUUCGUUUCACUGCUGAAUAUACUGUCAAAUAUAGUAGUCAUUUAGAUUGGCAUUUUAGACAAAAUCGGCGUGAAAAAAUGGCUAGUAAAACGGUACAGUCAAGGAAGUGGUAUUAUGAUACUAGCGAUUGGUGUAAAUAUGAAGAACAAGAGGAUGAGUCAACUAGAGCUGCUAGUUGGUUUGAAUUACAAAGUGAGGAGGGGGUUAAAGAAGAAGAGCAACAAGAAGAAGAAAAUGUACCAUGUUUUCCAGCUGGAGAAAAUAGUGAACUUGCAGCCUGUUAUUUGUGUCAUGAUCAGUUUGAGCAAUUUUACAGUGAAAAAGAUGAAGAGUGGCAACUUAGAAAUUGUAUUGAAAAGGAUAAACGUCUUUAUCAUCCUAUGUGUUAUGAUGAUAUGAUUAAAACAAGAGAAGAGAAAAUUCGUAAACGAAAUGAAGCCAUUGAAGAAGCUAAGCAAUUAGAAAUUAAAAAAAUUGAACUUCAAAAAGAACAGCAACUAGAAGGAGAAAUUCUGAAAAAGAUAAAAGAAGAAACUUUGAAGAAUAUAAAAGAAGAAGAAAUAAAAGUUAAAUCUGAACAAAAUAUAAAAGAAGAAAUUUUAGAAAAUAUUAAAAAAGAUGAAAUAUCUAUAAAAGUAAACAGUGAAAUUUUGCAUUCUGAUGAAAACAAUGCAGAUAUUAAAAUAAAUAAAAAUGUCUUUGACGAUGUAGAAAUUCCAGAAACUAUGGAGAUAAUUCAUUCAGCUACUGAAGUAUUAUCACCAAAAGUUAAAGAUGAGCCUAUUGAAAAUAAUAAUACUCCACUUCUUACUGAAUCAGAAGUAUUUACUGAAGAACCAAUAAAAUCUAAAUCUCCAUCUCCUGUUUCAACUAUGACAUGUUCAAUUGAUGGAAAUACAGAUACUGAAUGGAAUGUACCUGUUGCACCUGCAAUGGGUACCAUUAAAAUAAACAUAAAUCAAAAAGCUACAGCUAUUAUUAAACCAUUAAAACCAACUGUAGAAGUAUUAUCUACUAUUGUAGAACCAAAGUCUCCUCAAGAUUUUACUCCGACAUUUGGUGAAAUUGAUCCAGACCAACCUCCACCACCUGGACUUGAAAUGGAAACAGUUGUUAUACCUUUAAAACCCAAGCGAGAACUAAAACCUAGAUUACUGAAUAAUGUUAAGAAACUCAAAGAAUAUCCAGCUGUCAAUAAAGGUAAGGAAAUGUCGGGCCUGUGUUCUAUUAUGUGAUUAUCCUCCUUAUUCUUGUGUUGAUCGUCUUCUAAUAUAUAUAUAUUUAUGUAUAUAAAUACAUUUUAGAAUUUUGUAAAUUUAUAAUUUAAAAUGAAAAUGUGAUAUAUACAUAUAAGAUAAGAAAAUAUUUAUGUAAAUAUUGUAGUAUACAUAAUAGCUUUAGUUCACCCUGUUGUUUUUUUUUACCAAAAAUAAAUUAUAAAUUUUUAUAUUCAUGUAUUACGUUUUGUCCAUCAAAAUAAUUUCCUUGUACAUACAUAAAAUCAUAGUUAGAUUUCUUUUUUAAUCAAACGAUCAAAUGUUUCACUUUACAGGGUAUAUUUAACAGCAUCAUCUUAGUAUCGUUAGCAUUGAAAAUAUUUAUAGUAAUGUGUAAUAUUAUGUACAAUAAAAAUUAACAAUUCUUAGAUCAAUAUUGAAGUCAUGAACUAAUUAAAUAAAUUAAGUUACAUUUUAA